GGCAAGCUUCAAACAAGAAAACAAAGAAUAAUCGGAAACACAGAGAAAGAAAAGCUUGAAUUGGUAAAACGAUGCCUAUUGUGGUACCAAAUUCUCCGGUGUUUUCUCCUCCGUCGCCGUCUCUCUUCUGCAACAAAAUCGAAACCCUAGCAUUAACCCUGACGCAUCUCAAAUCCGCGCAAUCUCCGUCUUCUUCUUCUUCACCUUCGUCUCCAUGCUCGCCGCUUCGGGUGCGGCUCCAGAAGCCGCUGGUUGGGAUAUCGUCUUCUUCUUUGGCUUCGAAUUCGCUAUCCGGUUCCCGAUUGGGUUCGGGGUCGCCUCAGGCGUUGUUGAAGAGGAAGAGACCGGCGAGGUUGGAUAUACCGGUGGUGGCUAAUGGAUUUGGAGCUCCGGAGACUCUGGCGGCGGAUGGAAGGGGAUUCGAGGAGGUGGAGAUGGAGAGAGAAGGAUACGGGUAUUCCGUGUAUUGCAAGAGAGGGAGGAGAGCGGUCAUGGAGGAUCGGUUCUCUGCCACUGUUAGUCUUCAAGGAGAUUCCAAACAGGCUUUAUUUGGUAUCUUUGAUGGGCAUGGAGGUGCAAAAGCUGCACAAUUUGCAGCACAAAACUUAGAUAAGAACAUAUUGAGGGAAGUUUCAAAGAUGGAAGAAAGAGGGAUAGAGGAUGCAGUCAAAUGUGGAUACUUAAACACAGAUUCUGAGUUUCUAAAGGAAGAUGUUCAUGGUGGCUCGUGCUGUGUGACAGCUUUGAUUAGGAAAGGAAAUCUAGUUGUAUCCAAUGCCGGUGAUUGUCGUGCUGUGAUCAGCAACCAAGGCAUAGCAGAGGCCCUCACAUCUGAUCACCGGCCAUCCAGGGAAGAUGAAAAGGAUAGAGUUGUGAGCAAGGGGGCUUAUGUUGAUAUGAUCCAUGGUGUUUGGAGAAUUCAGGGGUCCUUGGCUGUAUCAAGGGGCAUUGGGGAUCGGAACCUUAAACAGUGGGUCAUAGCUGAGCCAGAGACGAAAAUCUGUAGCAUCAAACCUGAACAUGAGCUCUUAAUCUUAGCUUCAGAUGGUUUAUGGGAUAAGGUUAGCAAUCAGGAAGCAGUAGAUGUAGCACGCCCCUUUUGCUUGGGAAUUCACAACCCUGAACCAUUGUCAGCUUGUAAAAGGCUUGCCGAUCUUGCUGUGUCACGAGGUUCUUAUGAUGAUAUUAGCAUAAUGCUGAUUCAGUUGCAGCAUUUCAUUUGACGACUAGAUUAGUUCUUUAGAAGUAGGAAACUAGACUAACAAAUAAGAUUCGAUUGGAUUUGUCUCUUCCUGUGAAAGGAAGGGUCCCGUGAGUGGGUUACUGGGGUUGCGGUGGGAGGUGGUAUAUAGCGUGCAUCAAGUCCGAUUAUCUAUUAUUUAGUGGGGAAUUUAAUUUUCACAGACAUACCUGACGAUAGAUUUUACAGAUUCAUGUAAAUUUUUUUUAUUCUUUUACUAAAUAACAUUUACAUGUUAAAAUAUAAUUAGAAAUAAAAGAAUUCCUGUCCUUGUCCAUA